AUGGGAGACUACUACGAGUAUGAGAGCGAUGAUAAUGAUGAUCAGAAGCAACCAAUUCAUCGCAAAGUCUACCCGAUUUAUGGCCGAGACCGCGAACGCAGUGACAGUUCGACAUAUCUGACAGGGUCGUCGAGUGCCAGUGCCAAUGCAUUGAUGAAUUUUGACAGCGAUUCUCAUUGCGAUCCCAAGGCUCUUUUGCAAGCUGUGGUCUUUGUCGAAGAUGCUGUCAAAUUCAGGAGUAUCAAACACAAGAUAGACCCCUUCUCUCUCUGGUACUACCGGGUCUACUACUCCAGGCCAAUCCAGUGGACCCUCUAUGUAGCGAUCUUCACCAUCCUGGUCCUUGCUUUCUUCGAGCCCCCAUCCUCCCUCACCACCGGCAGCAGCUCUGACCCCCGUUACCGUGGCGACCGCAUCCAUGCACCCUGCGGUGUGACAGAGGGAAUCGAGUUCGCCUGUCUCCUCAUCUUCUUAUAUGAUGUGUGCACCAAGAUUUAUCUGAUAGGUUUUUCAGAGCUGAGGAAGAGCAAGUGGCUGGUUGCCUACCUCGUCGUUAUGGCUUUCUCUCUCAUCGAUUGGCUGGUCACUAUCAACUUCGUCUGCGAUGAGCUGUAUAGAAUUCGCCGCUUCCUCCGCCCAUUCUUCCUCAUCCAGAACUCCCAGUUGAUGAAGAAAACCGUGAGGAGCAUCAAAAACACCAUGCCAAAAGUAGCAAGUGUGAUCCUACUUCUUCUGAUACACAUCUAUUUCUUCACCAUGUUUGGCAUGCUACUGUUUCCUAGACCAGAUGGAGACCUGAAACCCUCUGUCCUCCACAACAAGACUUCAAAUCAGACGAGUUUGAUAGUUAAUGAUACAACAAUAGUGGAUUCUAGGAUAUUCCAAGAGGGCAUGCAGCAUUUUGCCAGCAUAGGUGAAUCAUUCAUGAGCCUCCUCGUGCUCCUCACGACUGCAAACAACCCUGAUGUUACUAUGCCCGCCUAUCAGAACAACAGAUUCUACGCUCUCUACUUCAUCAUCUUUCUUGGAAUUGGUCUCUACCUUUUCUUCAAUAUGCUUACUGCUGUCAUCUAUAAUGAAUUCAGAGGAUAUUUAAUUACGUCAAUGCAGUCCAGUCACUUCCGUAGAAGACUGGGAUUUCAGGCAGCCUUUGAGAUGUUGAGAGCCCAAAUCAGAACGGUCAACGGAAGUAUUGAAAGAUGCACAGUCAGUGUGAGUGUGGUCAAGUCCGUGGUUCUCCAAGCUAGUAUACCAAAGAGAGCCAAAAGGACCAUUUUAACAGAGCUGGAUGGCAAUAUAGGUGGAGUGAUUACAUCAUCAGAGUUUCAGGGACUUUUCGAUUGCCUCGACCAUCAAACAGACGAAGAUGAGAUUCCAGGUCCUAGACUAAUAACUAGACCAAGACUAAAGAGACUCCAGUCCUGCAUCGUCCAUCGUUUCUUUGGGUACUGUGGGACGGCUGUGGCAGUUGUGAACAUCGUUUUUAUUAGUAUUGAGAUUUCAACACAGUACGAUAAAAGCCUUUACCAUGACGAUUCAGAGCUCACCAAGUUCAACAUUGUCUUCAUCAUCUAUUACUGCGUAGAACAGAUACUGAAAUUCUGGGCUCUUGGCUGGAAGUGUUUCAAGUACUCGGUUACGAACCUCCUCGAUGCACUGUUCACAGCAGUCUUGCUAGUAGCGCAAAUUUUAUACCUCGUCAUGGAAGGAUCACGGCUUUAUCCAGACGACAGUGUGGGCUUUGUUAUGUACGAUCUUGUCAGGAUCAUUAACAUCCUCAUAACCUUCCGGCUCUUCAGGAUAAUUACACACUUCAAUACGAUGGCCAUUGUGGUCAGUACUAUGCUGGAUCUGAUCAGGAACCUACGUGCUUUCAUCGGGAUCCUUGUUGUAAUCUACUAUGUAUUUGCUAUUUUGGGGAUGGUCGUCUUUCGAGGGAAGAGUCCCCAGCCGCCCAAUAAUACUGACAUAACUCAAUUACCAAUGUGUGGGUCUUAUCGGCAGCUGAAUUACUAUGCAAAUAAUUUUGAUGAUUUUGCGUCUGCCAUCGUUGUACUCUGGGAUAUCAUGGUGGUGAAUAAUUGGCAUGUCUUCCUGGAGGCAUAUUCAAAAACAGCUUCUCAAUGGUCCCAAAUCUAUUUCAUUGCCUGGUACUUCACCUCAGUCUUGGUUUGCCUCAACGUAUUCACUGCAAUUAUUCUGGAGAAUUUCAUCACAUCCUGGGACCGAAGUCAGAAGAGACAGCGGCAAUCUUUGGAAGAGGGAAAUAGACCGACCGCUUACCUUAUGUCUGUCCAUACAAUGUUCAGGGACGAUCUUCAGGAGCCGACAGAGAGCGAACUCCUGGAUGAGAUUUACAAGCAUCCCCACAUACACAACCUAUGCUUCUAA